AUGGAGGGCGAGGGCCGGGGUCGGUGGGCUCUGGGGCUGCUGCGCACCUUCGACGCGGGCGAAUUCGCAGGCUGGGAGAAGGUGGGCUCCGGCGGCUUCGGGCAAGUGUACAAGGUGCGCCACGUGCACUGGAAGACGUGGCUCGCGAUCAAGUGCUCGCCCAGUCUGCACGUCGACGACAGGGAACGCAUGGAACUUCUGGAGGAAGCUAAGAAGAUGGAAAUGGCCAAGUUCCGCUACAUUCUACCAGUGUAUGGCAUAUGCCAGGAACCUGUUGGCUUGGUUAUGGAGUACAUGGAGACAGGCUCUCUGGAGAAGCUGCUGGCCUCAGAGCCAUUGCCUUGGGACCUGCGCUUCCGCAUUGUGCAUGAGACAGCUGUGGGCAUGAACUUCCUGCAUUGCAUGUCUCCACCACUGCUGCACCUAGACCUGAAGCCAGCGAACAUCCUGCUGGAUGCCCACUACCAUGUCAAGAUUUCUGACUUUGGGCUGGCCAAGUGCAAUGGCAUGUCCCACUCUCAUGACCUCAGCAUGGAUGGCCUGUUUGGUACAAUCGCCUACCUCCCUCCAGAGCGAAUUCGUGAGAAGAGCCGGUUGUUUGAUACCAAACACGAUGUAUACAGCUUCGCCAUUGUGAUCUGGGGUGUGCUUACACAGAAGAAGCCAUUUGCAGAUGAAAAGAACAUCCUGCACAUCAUGGUGAAGGUGGUGAAGGGCCACCGCCCAGAGCUGCCACCCGUCUGCAGGCCCCGGCCACGUGCUUGUAGCAACCUGAUAGGGCUCAUGCAACGGUGCUGGGAUGAAGACCCGCAGGUGCGGCCCACCUUCCAAGAAAUUACCUCUGAAACCGAAGACCUUUGUGAAAAACCUGAUGAGGAAGUGAAAGACCUGGCUCAUGAGCCGGGUGAGAAAAGUUCUUCAGAGCCCAGGAAUGAGAGCAGACCGGAGUCCUCACGCCUCAAGCGCGCCUCUGCUCCCCCCUUCGAUAACGACUGCAGUCUCUCCGAGUUGCUGUCACAGUUAGACUCUGGGAUCUCCCAGACUCUUGAAGGCCCUGAGGAGCUCAGCCGAAGUUCCUCUGAAUGCAAGCUCCCAUCGUCCAGUAGUGGCAAGAGGCUUUCAGGGGUGUCCUCAGUGGACUCUGCUUUUUCCUCCAGAGGAUCACUGUCACUGUCAUUUGAGCGGGAAGCUUCGACAGGCGAUCUGGGCCCCACAGACAUCCAGAAGAAGAAGCUAGUGGAUGCCAUCAUAUCGGGGGACACCAGCAAGUUGAUGAAGAUCCUGCAGCCCCAAGAUGUGGACUUGGUUCUGGACAACAGUGCCAGCCUGCUGCACCUGGCUGUGGAGGCUGGACAGGAGGAAUGUGUCAAGUGGCUGCUUCUUAACAAUGCCAACCCCAACCUGACCAACAGGAAGGGCUCGACACCACUGCACUUGGCUGUGGAGCGGAGGAGGCGCGGAAUUGUGGAGCUACUGCUGGCCCGGAAGAUCAGUGUCAAUGCCAAGGAUGAGGACCAGUGGACUGCCCUGCACUUUGCAGCCCAGAAUGGGGAUGAGGCCAGCACAAGGCUGCUACUAGAGAAGAAUGCUUCUGUCAACGAGGUAGACUUCGAGGGCCGAACACCCAUGCAUGUAGCCUGCCAGCAUGGGCAGGAGAACAUUGUGCGUACCCUGCUCCGCCGUGGUGUGGACGUGGGCCUGCAGGGAAAAGAUGCCUGGUUGCCUCUGCACUAUGCUGCCUGGCAGGGCCACCUGCCCAUUGUUAAGCUGCUAGCCAAGCAGCCCGGGGUGAGUGUGAAUGCCCAGACACUAGAUGGGAGGACACCCCUGCACCUGGCUGCUCAGAGGGGGCACUACCGUGUGGCUCGCAUCCUCAUUGACCUGUGCUCUGACAUUAACAUCUGCAGCUUACAGGCACAGACACCUCUGCAUGUUGCCGCAGAGACUGGACACACCAGUACUGCCAGGCUACUCUUGCAUCGCGGUGCUGGCAAGGAGGCUUUGACCUCAGAGGGCUAUACUGCCCUGCACCUGGCAGCCAGGAAUGGACACCUGGCUACUGUCAAGCUGCUCCUCGAGGAGAAGGCUGAUGUCCUGGCUCGGGGGCCCCUGAAUCAGACAGCCCUGCACCUGGCUGCCGCCCGUGGACACUCAGAGGUGGUGGAGGAGCUGGUCUGUGCUGACCUCAUUGACCUGUCUGACGAGCAGGGCCUCAGUGCACUGCACCUUGCUGCUCAGGGCAGGCAUUCCCAGACUGUGGAGACACUGCUCAAACACGGAGCACACAUCAACUUGCAGAGUCUCAAGUUCCAAGGAGGCCAGAGCUCUGCUGCCACACUGCUCCGACGCAGCAAGACCUAGCUUGCCACCACAGAACCAGGGCUCCAUGUAGGCUUCUGGUCCCUUUGUUUCCUCAUGGGGACAGAAUGGUCUUGGGACACUGCUCACCCUGCUGGUGGCCUGCCCAUACACUGACCAAGCAGAGGCUAAUGGACAAGGCAGUAGUAGCUGUGUUGGGGCAGAGGCUACCACCAGCUACUGACCUGUAGUCAAAGGGUCUGAUGUCAGAUGGGGCUAGGUUGGUGUCGUGUCACUGUGGUAUUGAUUGGAUGCUGAUGCAGGCCUUUUACAACAA